AUGGAUCCUCUGGACGACCUGCUCACCCAACUCGGAGACGUUGAAGAGGAAGAAUUGCAGCCUAUUGAAACUAACAAGAAAAUAAGUCAGAUUUUGUUAACUUUCCCCGAAAAUGCAAGGUGAACAACUUCAGAACCGAGAAUCUUUGAUAUUCAGCAAGAAGAUUGUGCUCCCCAGGAGAAGAAGGAGCUCUCGACGUCUUCAAAAUUUGCAGAAGACGAUAAUAGCGAUAACGACGAGUUGUACGUCAAAAAAAAGUUUGUACAUCACAAAGUCUUGCUCUAAACAACAUUUUGUUCAGAGCUCUGACAGAGCAAGGAGCCCAACUGGACGGUUGGCUCAAGAAGAACAGCUCGACGAGUGGGCCAAAGGCCACGGACGCGUGGAAAUCUAACAAAAAGAAUGUGCUCACGGGGCUGACGAAGCCGUGCGCGGAAGCCGUUUGCGUCGGAAUCGUGCGCUUUGAUAAAUUUCAAAUGUCCGUUCGAAACCCGAAAAUUAGCUCGACGAGCUUCGGCGCAUUCACCGCUGGAAUGAAACUCGAAAAGCUUUCGGAUUUGAGGCCUAGUUCUAGUUUUAAUGGUUUCUGCCUUUCAAGAUCAUUCGAAACGUUAUUUCUUGCAGAUGCCUGGGUGACAAUGGCGGUGAUAAUCGAGAAGGGAUUCAAGAAGAAAAGCGCAAAUGGAAAUGACUUUUUGAUUUGGAAAUUACACGAUCUAAAAGUAAACCCUUUUUUCCUAAUUUUUCAUCCAAAAAAAUCGGUUUAGGACUGUCAAUCUCAGCCGGUAAAGCUGUUAAUGUUCGGCGAUGCGGUCAGAGAUCACUUGGAAAUACGGGUAUCAAAAACAUCUAUUUUGUUACCUUUUCGUGCAAAUUGCAGCUCGGCUCAGUGAUCGGACUCAUUUCCGCUCAAAUUGCCGAUGAUUCCAAUGCUUCUGGAGCCAAAAGUGAGGAGAAAUCUGAAAUUUUCAUUUUAAAAGUCUUUCAGAAACAGUUGCAGCCACUUUGAAAGUGUCAAAAUCGAGUCAAAUCAUUGAGAUUGGAGAAUCGGCGCAUUUUGGAACUUGCAAGGUUCGGAAUGAUGUAUUUUCAAAUUUUUAUUGCUAAUUUUCGAAUUGGACCAUAUCCAGUGCGCAUCUUAGCUAGAGUGAAACAUAUCAUUUAAAAAUAGACGCCCAAAACAGUUUCUUAUUGCUAAAACUUCGAGAGAACAACAAAACUAAAAAUUUUGCAGGGAAUCCGUCAGCAAGACGGGCAGAAAUGCAGCAACUUCGUGAACACAUCUCUCAGCGAAUUCUGCGUAUUUCACGUGAUGAGUGCGGCUCGGAAACUGUCGGCCAAACGAGGUGACUCACUGUCCCCGGGGCUCCUCUCUUUUCCCCCUUUUCUGCCAAACAGUUUUGUUUGCUUUGACACAGACUAUUUUUUUUGUUAGAGAGAAGGAAAAAGAAGAGCCGAAAAUAAAUAAACAGCAAAAGAGGCGAAUUGAAUAGAAGAAAAAAAUAAUUAUGCAGGAACUUUCAACGCAGUCUCCUGUGCUCCGAACCUCGGCGGAUUGAGCCUGCCGUCGAAGCAGCACACGGCGACUCCGCAACCGCCGCAAACGAUCGGAGCAAGAGCCGGCAUUGUGGGCUCUGGUCUCGCCACGUAAGCACGCAAGGAAUGCGGGGAAGGCAAUAUCGACUUGUUAAUAUUACAGAGCCGGAAAAAAUGGGAAAAAAUCAGGAUCGUAACCUUUCCUUGUUAGACGUAUUUUUAAAGUCAGAAAACCACUUUUGUUCCAACCUUCGUAUUCCGUAACAGUUUUCCCACGGAAAUCAUAAACAUAGUUUUUCUGGCCCUUACAUAAUCAAAUUUUGCUUAAACUUGUUGAAGUCUAGUUUCAGCCCAAUCUAACCACUUUAACCCCAAAAAAUCAAAUUCUCGCAGUUUCAGCGGCACUCCGAUGCUCCGCGACACGAUGAAACCAGCCGACAGUAAUCAUUUGACGAUGCCCAUUUCGAGUCUGAAACAGACGACGAAAGAGGAGCAGAAUGCCACGUUGAAGGAGAUUAUGAGUGAAAGGGCAAGUACACGAUAUGAUGGUCUUGAAACGAAUUAGAUUCUUUAGAAAAACACGUUCGCCGCGCGUCAACUGCUGAAAUUGACUGAAAGAAAGGAGAAUAAAGCGGAGAGUUUGGAGGAGGUAAUGGAGUUUUUCGGACGGAAAGACACAGAGAAACACGAGAGUUUCGGCGAAUUCUUGAAGGCGGACACGGAGAAGGAGAAGGCGAAAACUGUGGAUUUGCGGAGUUCCUCGCCUGCCACGUCAUCGUCCUCUCCGGGCGGCUCAAAACUCUGGACAAUGUCGAUGGGAAAUCAGACGCCGAUGGGGCACAAAGACGCUCAGGAACACGCCGCCAGGGUGAGCACUAUUUUGAAAGAAGUUUGUAUUGUUCCCUUUAGCUCCGCGCCAUCGCAAUUCUGAAAACGAAGCGAAAGGAGAAGGAGGAGGCGGAACGGACGGGCGGCGUGAAACGAAAAGCGUCCGCGCCCGCCGAAUCCCUUCCGGACGCCAAAAAGACGAAGAGCAGCGGGUCGAAAAUGGAGGAGAUUAAGAAGAUGUUGGCCCGAAAGAGCAGCCAUCAUUUAGAGGCGAAGCAAGAAGAAGCCGACGCGAUUCAACGUCAUCUCACCGGAUUGGAGGAUCGAGAGAAGGUGGAGACGUUCACGACGACGCUGAUGGAAGUGAAGAAUGUGAAGGUGGUGACGUGCAAACAGUGCAAGUACACGGCCCAGUUCGCCUCGUCCGAGUGCCACCAGAAACAGCAUCAACUGGUGAAGCACACGGCCGACAAGCGAUUCUUCAAGUGCGUCGGAUGCAAGAAACGGACGGUUUGCUUCGAGAUGAUGCCCGUGAAGCACUGUCCGCACUGCAACGAGAACAAAUGGGAACGGGUGGCGAUGCGGGACGAGCGGAAGGUGCUGCUCGAGAGCGAGAACUUGCAAGUUCGCGGCGAGGAGCGCCAAUUCGUCAAUUCCUAA